UCUAAUGUUCUGUCAUUGAACCACACUCUUAAUCUUUGCCUCUGGCUCCUCCCUAUUUGUUCCUCUAUCUGCUGUGUCAAAACCAGGAAUCCAGUUGGAGGCUCUGUGUUGGGAAGGAGCUGGGAUAUAAAGGGCUGCUUCUGAGGGCUGCUUCCCUUGCCUGCUGGCAAGCGCAGACAGAGCCCUCAGCUUCCGGAACCAACAGAAUCCUGCAGCUGUGUGGUGGUCUUCUGACAUACCCAGCAGAGCAGGUUCAUGUGAUUUGCCUAGUCAGGGUGAAAGGAGAAGUUCAAAUCUGAGAAUUAAGACUUUCUCGGAUACCAUCUGGUCAGGGUACGACCAACCAGUCUGUCUUCUCACUUUUCUUCAGGCUGAUCCCGUGAUGCAUCCUCAGGUAGUUAUUUCAAGUCUCAUACUGCUUCUGACAGAUGCUGUAGCUUCUUAUCUGCAAGUGAAUGGAGUAGAGGGCCAGCCUGUCACACUACCCUGUACAUACUCAGGACAGCUCACGUCCAUGUGCUGGGGCCGAGGGAAAUGUCCUAAUUCUCAGUGCUCAGACGAAAUUAUCUGGGUUGACGAAUCCGGAUCCCAGAUCACCUUUCGGAAGCACAGACGUUAUAAGCUAAAUGGGUCCCUUUUGAAAGGGGAUGUGUCUUUGACUGUAGACAAUGCAGUCAAGGCAGACAGUGGCCUGUACUGUUGUCGUAUUGAACACAGGGGUUGGUUUAAUGAUCAUAAACUCACUAUAUCAUUGGAGAUUAAAGCAGCCCAGGACACCAAUGUUCCAACAUCACCUAGGGUCUCUACCUCUGCUCCUCCAACGCCAACACCAGAGCACAACCACAAACCAGUAUUUACUUCAUCUCCUCCAACACAGCCAGCAGAAACCCAGCCUAAGACACCACAGGAAAAAAAGACACUACCCACCAGCUCACCAUGGUACUCUUACCCAACAGGUGGGAAUUUCACCGUGACACCGUCUACACAUGGCCUUUGGCCUGACAAUCAAACCGAGCAUCCUGGCUGUACUUCUUCCAAGACCGAUUUGUUUGUUCUUCUGCAAGUCCGUGGAAUAUUCAAUAUUCUUCACCAACACCAUAAUUCAGAGGCAUCAAUUCUUCUUCGGUCUUCCUUAUUCAUUGCCCAGCUUUCACACGUAUAUGAGGAAGUGUUCCAGGUACAAGAGACAAAGAUGACCACUGCUAAGAAACUCUACACUGGAAUCAGUGUUUCUGCUUUGGUGCUCCUCAGUCUUUUGGUUGUCCUGAGUAUCAACAGGUAUUUACACAGGAAAAGUAAACUGCAGCAACUGAGAGCAGUUUCAUUUAAUGGCCCUAAAAUUGACGCUUUACGAAGUGCAGCUGAAUCGCCCAUCCGAGCAGAAGACAAUGUCUACAUUAUUGAGGAGGAUGUUUAUGUCAUGGAGUAAGACCCACUGGCCCUGCAGAGGCUUGAUCAGGACUGCAGAAGACACAGACCAGCUGUCCCCGUGCCAGACUUCUAAGCUCCAGGGCCAUUUUUCUUUGUCAGUUUCACCUGGCAUCC